AUGCUAGCUGUGCAAAAGCAGUCCUUGUCACUCGCGGCCAAGCCGCUGGUUCUUCGUGCCGGCACAGGGGUCGAGAAGCCGGUGGUGAAGGCCACGGAGCCAGCGAAGAAGAAGACGCUUAUGGAGAAGAUCAAGCACGAGGCGCUGCACUACUGGCACGGGACGAAGCUGUUUGCAAAGGAGAUGAAGCUGUCGUCGAAGCUGGUGACCAAGGUGGCGUGGGGCGGGACGCUGACACGGCGUGAGCAGCGGCAGCUGCGGCGGACGUUCAGCGACACGGUGCGGCUGGUGCCGUUCCUGAUGUUUGUGAUUAUUCCGUUUGCCGAGCUGCUGCUGCCGGUGGCCCUGAAGCUGUUCCCGGGGAUGCUGCCGAGCACAUACGAGGACAAGGCGUCGAUGGAGAAGAAGCGGGAGAAGACGCAGCGCGUGCGCAACGAGCUGACGCGGUACCUGAAGGAGACGCUGGCGGAGCAGUCCAAGGUGCAGCAGCGGCUGGCACAGGAGGGCAGCGAGGAGACGGGCGAGUUCCUGGCGCGCAUGCGGUCGAGCGGCGAGCAGGUGUCGACAAGCGAUCUGCUCAAGGUCGCACAUGUGUUUGAGGACGAGCUGACGCUGGACAACCUGUCGCGGCCGCAGCUGGUGUCGAUCGCGCGGUUUGUGGGCGUCAAUGCGUUCGGUACCGACAACUACCUGAAGUACCAGAUCAACAACCGCAUGCGGUACAUUCGCGCGGACGACAAGAUGAUCAAGGCUGAGACAAUCGAGUCGCUGUCGGUGCCGGAGCUGCAGUCGGCAUGCCAGACACGUGGAAUCCGCAUCCUGGGCGUGUCUCCGGCCCGCAUGCGCGAGGAGCUGGCGCAGUGGCUGGAGCUGCACCUGGAUCACAACAUCCCGGCGACUCUGCUGAUUCUGUCGCGGAUCAUCACCGCCGGCGAGCCCGAGUCGCAAAAGUUCAGCGCCGAGGCCCUGCAGGCUACCAUCACCUCGCUGCCUGACAAUCUUGUGAACGAGGCGACGCUGCGUCUGGCGGAGGUCAGCGGCACUGCGACCAAGAAGCAGAAGCUCGAGGUGCUUGAGGAGCAGGAGGAGCUGAUUGAGGACGAGGAUGUGCAGGAGAAGAAGAAGCAGCAGCAGGACAAGAAGGAGGAGGAGGAGGCCAAGGCCGUGGAGGAGCCGAAGGCGGAGGCGGCGGAGGCGCCCAAGGCUGAAGAGGGGGCUGCCAAGGCCGAGUCGAGCGAAGCCAAGCCCAAGGACUCGGGAAGCAAUUAG